CCAGAAGAGAACUCAUAAAAAGGAAGACAACAGCAGAUGCAAUCGCGGAUGUGGCUUCGUCCUUGCAGCUGCCCCAGAGAGCUGUUCCGAGCGUACAGUUCUAAGGAAUGAAUCCAGAAGAGCAAAUCGUGACAUGGCUUAUAUCCUUGGGAGUAUUAGAUUCUCCCAAGAAAACUAUCUGUGAUCCAGAGGAGUUCUUGAAGUCCUCGCUGAAAAAUGGGGUAGUGCUGUGCAAACUGAUCAACAGACUGAGGCCUGGCUCUGUGGAAAAGUACUGUCUGGAGCCCCAAACAGAAGCUGACUGCAUCAACAACAUCAAUGACUUCCUGAAAGGAUGUGUAACCCUUCAAGUGGAGGUAUUUAAUCCUGAUGACCUUUAUUCAGGAGUCAAUUUCUCCAAGGUUCUGAGCACUCUUUUAGCUGUUAACAAAGCAACAGAAGAUCAGCUAUCAGAAAGACCAUGUGGACGUUCCUCUUCUCUUAGUGCUGCUAAUAGUUCUCAGACAAACCCACAGGGAGCAGUUUCUAGCACAGCUCCAAGGCUGCAAAGGCAGUCAAAGGCAGUGGAGAUGACUGAAAAUGGAAGUCACCAGUUGAUAGUAAAGGCAAGAUUCAACUUUAAGCAGACUAAUGAAGAUGAACUGUCAGUCUGUAAAGGGGACAUCAUUUACGUCACUAGAGUUGAAGAAGGAGGCUGGUGGGAAGGCACAUUAAAUGGGAGAACAGGCUGGUUCCCUAGUAAUUAUGUCCGAGAAAUUAAAUCCAGUGAGAGACCUCUCUCCCCCAAGGCUAUCAAAGGAUUUGAAACUACUCCACUUACCAAGAAUUAUUAUUCCGUGGUGUUACAGAACAUACUAGACACUGAAAAAGAUUAUGCUAAAGAACUUCAGUCUCUUCUUGUUACUUACUUAAGACCUCUGCAGUCCAAUAACAAUCUGAGUACUGUGGAGUUUACAUCUUUAUUGGGGAACUUUGAGGAAGUAUGCACAUUUCAGCAGACACUCUGCCAAGCCUUAGAAGAAUGUUCAAAAUUUCCAGAAAACCAACACAAAGUAGGAGGUUGUCUACUGAACCUCAUGCCUCAUUUUAAAUCCAUGUAUUUGGCUUACUGUGCGAAUCAUCCUUCAGCUGUAAAUGUACUCACCCAACACAGUGAUGAACUGGAGCAAUUUAUGGAAAAUCAAGGUGCAUCCAGCCCAGGUAUCCUCAUUUUAACAACAAGCCUCAGCAAACCAUUCAUGAGACUGGAGAAGUAUGUUACUCUCUUGCAAGAGUUGGAACGGCAUAUGGAGGAUACACAUCCAGAUCAUCAAGAUGUUCUGAAAGCCAUCAUAGCAUUCAAAACUCUCAUGGGACAGUGCCAAGAUCUAAGAAAACGAAAACAGCUGGAGUUGCAGAUACUUUCUGAACCUAUUCAGGCAUGGGAAGGGGAGGAUAUUAAAACAUUGGGAAAUGUAAUUUUUAUGUCACAAGUAAUGGUACAGUACGGAACAUGUGAGGAAAAAGAGGAGCGGUACCUCAUGUUAUUUUCAAAUGUCUUGAUAAUGUUAUCUGCAAGUCCUCGGAUGAGUGGCUUUAUCUAUCAGGGAAAAAUACCAAUAGCAGGAAUGGUGGUGACUAGAUUAGAUGAAAUUGAAGGGAAUGACUACACAUUUGAAAUCACAGGUCACAUAUUAGAGAGAAUUGUGGUCCACUGCAGCAACAACCAGGACUUCCAGGAAUGGCUGGAACAGCUGUAUAGACUGAUUAGAGGACCUGCUUCCUGCAGUUCAUUAUCCAAGACAUCAUCAUCAUCUUGUAGUGCUCAUUCUUCUUUUAGCUCUACUGGACAGCCCCGAGGACCCUUGGAGCCUCCUCAAAUUAUAAAACCAUGGAGUUUAAGUUGUCUACGACCUGCACCUCCACUUAGACCAUCAGCAGCACUAAGUUAUAAAGAGAGGAUGUCUUAUAUCUUGAAGGAAUCUAGUAAAAGCCCCAAAACCAUGAAGAAGUUUCUUCAUAAAAGAAAGACUGAAAGAAAGCCAUCAGAAGAGGAAUAUGUAAUUCGGAAAAGUACAGCUGCUCUGGAAGAGGACGCUCAGAUUCUUAAAGUGAUUGAAGCCUACUGUACCAGCGCAAAUAUUCAACAAGGCCAUGGCUCAAGUUCUCGUAAAGAUUCAGUUCCACAAGUCUUACUCCCCGAGGAAGAGAAACUCAUCAUUGAAGAAACCAGAAGCAACGGUCAGACCAUCAUCGAAGAAAAGAGCCUCGUUGACACUGUUUAUGCCUUGAAGGAUGAGGUGAAAGAACUAAAACAGGAGAAUAAAAGAAUGAAGCAAUGCCUGGAAGAAGAAUUGAAAUCAAGAAGGGAUCUAGAAAAGCUCGUUCGGAGGCUGUUGAAGCAAACUGAUGAGUGUAUUCGGGCUGACUCCAGUAACAAGACCUCCAUUCUUCCAUAACCAUCACCGUGUACCUGGGCAGAGUGUGCCUUCAGUGCAUCUUAAAAUGUCCAUCUGAAUGAUUUGGCUCAGUUUGCUCA